GUCAUUACACAGUGUUCAGCAGAAAUAUGGUGUCUGCUGUUUCAUUUGUGCUUGCCAGUUUAGCAAAAUAAAAGUAGAGUAGUAAAGAAAUAUUCUGUGCUGUGGAAAAAAACUGUGUCAAACACCACAAUGUCAGGCUAUUAUACAGUCAGUAGUAAAAGUCAUGUAUAUAUCAUGCAUUCCACAUAAACAGACAAAUCUGUGUGCUGAACAAAUAUUGAUUUACAUCAUUUACACCAGUAAUGGCAAAUAUUAUUUAAACAAGUUUGUAUGAAUACUUUAACAUAUGGAUAAGACACACUGAAAUGCUGAAAAAAUAUGAAAAUGUCUUCACUCCCCGAUUUAAAAUUCUCUUUGAGGAACUUUGCUCUAAAUACACCAGGGUGCACUAUCACGCCUCAAAAUAAUUACCCUUCAGUAAAUGAAGUAUGCAUAGGUUGACAUACAGAUGAUGAUAAUGAAAAAUGCACACAUGCAUGCGCGUGCAUACUUAUAUACAUAGGCUACAUAGGGUAUGUGUGAUGAUACAAAUGCAUAGAUUACCUACAUCCCCGCGUAUAACAUACACACACACAUACAUAGGCUACAUGCACACACUAUUGUAAAUAGAGCAAAAGUGUAGCCUACUCAGCAUUUGACGUGUUCUUAAUGCAGCUAUUUGAAUGAGUUCAUGUGCGAUCCAUAAUAAUAUUUUACUUUUUUUUUUUUUAAAGAUAUAUAUAGUUGAGGAAGACAAGCUUUACUUAUCAUGUCAUCGGCAUCACCAUCUCAUCCUCUGUUUAUCACGUGUGUGAGAGAGUGUAUAGGGGAAAGAGAACGAGAGGGGUAGGGCUGUGUGAAGUCAUUUUCUUCAACAACCGUUGAAGAAUUGAGUAUGCGUCUGGACCCCGUGGCUCUGUGGUAUUGAGGCACCUCGGUUUAAUUCUCGAAGUUUGAAAUAGGAAGAUUUGUUUUAAGAGGGGAAACUACGCGUCUGAUUUGUUUGGGCGCUUGGCUAUGAAAAUACGCAUAUUUGGGGAAAUUUGGGGAAAUGUGUGGACGUAUAUGGUGCGAUUUCAUUAGCGAAGAUGGAGGCUAACACGCCAAAUUUCAACAAUGUGAGCUAUAAUCAGUUUAAUGGCACGAUGAAGCUCUCUAACGAGACGAAAGUCAACGACUAUAUAUACGUUCGUGUCUGUGUAUCAGCAGUUGCCUUCAUUAUUUUGGCUUUCUUCAACAUUGUCAUCAAUUGUAUCAUCCUGCGCCAGGAGAGACUGCGGAAUCAUGCGCGCUUCGUACUGGUGUUCCACCUGUUACUUUCUGCGCUCAUCUAUUUUGCCGUGUGUUGGGGAUUUAAUCUGCAGAUUUACCUGAAAGCGCGGCUAAAGGCAUCUACAUGUGCCACGGUGAUUACUGUACUGACCACAAGUGCGUCCAACAUCCUUCUCACCUUGACGGUGAUGGCAGUGGACCGCUACUGGGCUAUUUGUUUCCCAUUGCGCUAUAGCAACUUGUGCGCACGAAAAUGGCCCUGGCUUCUAGGACUUCUUACCUGGGCCCUUGCAGCCAUUAUACCCCUUACUCUUUUCCCAUGGACAGAGAGAGGGGACUCGAAUAGACUCUGUGGGAGAGCAGCGCUGAAAAAAGGAGAACUACACAAAAUCGUAUUGAUCACCAUAUGUUUCGUUAUUAUUCUCUACAGUUACGCCAGGAUUUGUCUCGAGGGACGCCGGUUAGGUGUGUUAAACCGGCGCAAUAAGAUCGGCUGCAGGACUAUUGCUUGGCACGGGCUUCAGCUCGCUGUCUAUAUCCUUCCAAACUUCAUAAGCUUUCUCCUGUACAUUUUGCUAAAGUAUGAGCACAUUCACCAGGACGCAAAGGACUUGUUUGCAGUGGUGAACUUCGCAUUCUUCAGUAUAGCACAAUGCAUUGCGCCAAUUGUUUACGGACUGCGCAAAGAGGAGAUUUUGGAACAGUUAAACCAAAACGGUUUGUGCUUCUCCUGUCCACUUAAGACUUUCGUGGAGUGGACUGUUCGCCUGACAGAACCCUGUCACCAUUCCUACUCACGGGAGAGACGACUCACGUCUCAGACUCUGCUCUCACUAGAACCUCUUCGCGCCCCUGUGUAAACGACUACAAACAACCAUCCUGCAGGAAUUUUUAUAGACCAGUUAUUACAUCCGAUCAAAGAGAUGAACAUUUCAGUGGUCAAAGAAGGGGGUGGGGUUAAACUGUGAAUAUAUGUGAGUAUGGAAAAUGCAUCACUGUGCGGUAUGAUGUAUAAACCAUAGCCUUUUAAUUUAUUAUCAUUAUUUCAAUGUGAAUCAUUGAGAACCUGUCUGACGAUUUCUGUUGUUUGUCUGUACCCAAAUUGUGGUUAUGUAAACAAACAUUUUUGUGGUUAUUAAAAGCAAGGGGUUAUUCUGUAUAGUUCUCAGGGUACUUUUCCAUCACUGUUAUCAGGGAAAUCAUAACUAUGAGUCAGUAGACUUGCAGUCAGGGACGUUGUUAGGCCUGUUUUGUGGGGGGCCUAUAUCUACAUGGUAACUUUGGGCUGAAAUUCUAAUGUAUAGCAGCCCAAAAUAAUGAACUUGGCUUCCAUGUUAAAUAAUCAAAAGUUGAUCAUAGCAUGCACAGAUCAACUGUGCUUUUGAAUAGAUAUUUCUGCCGGUAUGGUACAGGUGACAUGAAUGUAAAACAAUCAUAAUAUAAAUUCAUCAUGAUGUAAAGGCUGACAUAAGAAAUAUGCAAGCAUGAUCACAUCAUACUUUCCCAGAUAUGGGUAUAUUGUCUUGAAAAAGAGCUCUUUUCCAAAACG